AUGAUCGGUGCGCAUGCAAGCAACAUAUCAGUUACACAUGACCAGAAGAGAGAGAUUGAGCUUCGGUUAUCUCUUCUUCUAGAACACUGUGAAGGAAGCCCUAAAUGCAAUGUACAAACCCUAAUAUUUUGUUCUCAGACUUUGAGAAACAAGGUAAGAAGGGAGUUUGAGGAACUACCCUCCACAGCUUUUGGGCCGUUGCGUGACUCAUUGAAUACCUUGCUGAAAAAGUUCCACAAGGGUCCUCCAAAAGUCAGAAAACCGAUUAGCAUUGAUGUGGCUGCCUUGGCAGUACAUGUUCCUGCAGAAGACUGGGGGGACGGUGGUACGGUGAAAUGGCUUAGCAAUGAGAUGGAUUUUUGUCCAGGAUAUAUACCCGGGGUUCUUGGAGAUGCUUACAGUUCUACCAGAGGAAGAUCUGUUCUAAGUUCCCAUCCGCUAGUGCUCACUGCAUUGUCAAGCUUGAAUUCUGAGUUAGUUUCAGAGGCAGCUGGAAAUGUGAUUUCCGAGUUAAUACACUACACUGCAUUGCCUCUUUGA